GGCUGACUCUGGUUGGCGUUCAGUGGCUGCCAUUGGUUUAGUGGCUCCAUCCGGGCACUUGGUGCAGCGUUGUCGCUCAACCCGAUCGUCCCAAUAUGGCGGAGGCUUCCUUUGGGAGUUCGAGCCCAGGGUUGUUUUGAUAGUUGGCUCUUUAUCGUCUGAGGAUCAUGACUUUGACCCUUCUGCUGAAAUGCUGGUACAUGAUUGUGAUGAUGAGCGAACUCUUGAAGAAGAGGAAAUGAUGGAAGAAAACAAAAAUUUCAGCUCUGAAAUUGAAGAUUUGGAAAAGGAAGGAAACAUGCCACUGGAAGAUUUACUGGCAUUCUAUGGCUGUGAACCUGCAAUUCCAGUUAUAGCUGGUUCCAGUGCGAAUAGCUCUCCAAGUGAACUUGCAGAUGAACUUCCAGAUAUGACUCUAGAUAAAGAGGAAAUUGCUAAAGACCUCUUAUCGGGUGAUGAUGAAGAAACACAGUCCUCUGCUGAUGACUUGACACCAUCAGUUACUUCACAUGAGGCUACCGACUUCUUUCCUCGGCCAUUAAGAUCAAACACUAUGUGUGAUGGAGAUAAGGAAUCGGAUGGUGAAGGCGUAGAGGCAGACAACGGUAAUUCAUCUGAAGAGUUGAGAAAGGAAAUAAUGGUUGGUUUGCAAUAUCAAGCUGAAAUUCCACCUUACCUUGGCAGAUACCAUGAUAAUGAAAGGGCCUAUGAAAAUGAAGACCAUUUACUUUGGAAACCUGAUGUGAUCUCAGAAAGUAAAGUUAAAGAAUACCUGUUUGAAACCUCCUUAAGAACAGGAAAUGAAAACAUGAUAUGCAGAAUUCCUGAAGGACUACAUACACGGGACAACGAACAAGCACUGUACGAACUUCUCAAAAGUAGCCAUAAUGUUAAAGAAGCAAUUGAGAGAUACUGCUCAAAUGGAAAGGCAUCUCAGGAAGAGAUGACAGCAUGGACAGAAGAAGAAUGCAGAAGUUUUGAACAUGCACUCCUGAUUUAUGGAAAAGACUUUCAUCUCAUACAGAAAAACAAGGUAAGAACCAGAACAGUUGCUGAGUGUGUGGCUUUCUAUUACAUGUGGAAAAAGUCAGAACGUUAUGAUUACUUUGCUCAGCAAACAAGAUUUGGAAAGAAGAGAUAUAACCAUCAUCCAGGAGUUACGGACUACAUGGAUCGUUUGGUAGAUGAAGCAGAAGCCCUUGGAGAAGUACAUUCUUCAGCCUUAACAUCUCAUACUCGAACAGAAACCAUUCCUGAUCAACAGCUAAGCAUUCUGAACUCUAUUACUGCUAAUGAGCUGACAGCAUUGACAAGCAGUGUAGCUACAGUCUGCCAUGAUUCAGAUGUGAAUUGCCUGGAUGAUGCCUUUCCUCCUAUGGACAGCUUACCCCGAGCACCAGUUAAUCAUGUGCCUGUUGGAACAGAGGAAUUGCUAAACUUGCCUAGCAGUGGUGAAAGCGAUUGUUUUAAUUUAUUUGAGACUGGCUUUUAUCAUUCAGAGUUAAACCAAAUGAACACAUGUAGUGAGGAGACAGAAAGACCUGCGAAGAGAUUGAAAAUGGGAAUUGCUGUCCCAGAAUCUUUCAUGAAUGAUGUCUCUGUAAAUAAUCUUGGUGUGGACUUUGAUAACCAUACACACCAUAUUACCAGUGCCAAAAUGGCUGUUUCAGUGGCCGACUUCAGUUUAUCUGCAGAUGAGACAAAUGGUUUUAUCAGCACCCAUGCUCUUCACCAACAUACUGCCCUUCACUCAGAAUGACUGUGGAAAACUAAACAAACAGUGGGUGCUUUAUGCAGUAGUAGUAAACUUAAUGGGAGCUAUCAGGUUUGCUUAGUCUUUCACUGGAAGUUUGAAUUUUGACAUCAGUGAUGUCUCUUUAUGUAUAGAACUAUAUCUUGAUUUAUCAAGAGUAAUUUCUUUUUUCAGUCCAUAAAUGUGGAAAUGUUCAGCAGAAUUUGGGACUGUAGAGAGAGGCCACCAUUUCAAAACCAGCACAGAAGUUCUGAACUGAUUGGAGUGGCUUUUUAGUCUAAGUUACUUUUGCCCUAACAGAUGCAGUGUAACAACAUUUACAGGUACAGAUCCUAAUAUCUGCUCAAUGUAGCUCCCACCCUCUUAUAAAGGCAGGGAUGGGUUUCUCUAACUUAAACUGCACAAACAUACAAGGAUGUUUUUUUUAAAUGGAACCUUCUCUCAUGUGAUACUAGAGUACUUCAGUUUAAAACCCAGCAAGUUCAUCUUGGUGGAAGCUAGCACAAGGGACUUAACAUAAGUAUGAAGACCUAUACUUGGAUGCUGUUGCAAAGUUAUAGGCCAUGGCUACCUUACACAGAAGUAAUUAUGCUGCCAGUUAUCUGUGUACUUUAAGCUUACUAGCUUAAACAGAUGCAUCUUAGGCUAUUGUAUUCAGAUGGGGUUUGUCCGCAACUUUAAAGAUUAAUGCACCUGUAUAACUUAACUUUCCUAAGGCAGCUGAUGUAUAAAAGCUACAGUCUGCACAGACUAGGAUUUUUAAACAAACAGUCUACGUUUUGGAAGACAUCUUAAAUGGUUUGGAACACUGCAGUUCAAAGUGUUACAGUUUUGAGGGACUAUCUCAUUUUUAUAAAAAUAGUAGAACAUUGAAGUAUGUAUCCAAGUUUUUCUUCAGAGUGGGUUGCAUCUAUUUGUUUUGGCAAGUCACUGGCUCAAAAAUGGCACUUCACUACAUUGGUCAAAUAGGAAAGGAUGAGUAAAAAUGUUUCCCAUAAAAGCAACUAUUUAACUUGAGUAAUCUUUUACUUUAAACAUUGAGUGCAAUUUAGCCAUCCACAAAGUUUGUCUUGCAAGUGUUUUUUCCAAUUCUUGUGGGAGAACAUUAAUUCAGUAGGAUGACCUCUUUCCCUCCAUACUUUUUCUUUGCACUGUUUGUAUUACAAAUUUAAUUGCUACUAACUUGUUUUCAUUACUGAAAUGAUUAAGUUUGUGUUGGUGAUAUUUGCAAUAGUUGCUUCAAGGUUAUGCUGAGUAAUUAGAAAGUAGUGACUU